AUGAUCAGCCGAUUGCUAAGUACAGAAGCACAAGCGUUGCGCAGAAUAUGGAGGCCCGGUGAAGCGUUUUUAACGAGAAGCCUCGGGACUCGCGCGAUCGCCUCGAUGAAUGCGCUCGUCGAAAAACUGGAUAAUGUUGUUUAUGCUCGACAAAUGAGAAAUGCCGACCGCGUUCGAAAUGGACAGAAAAUCAAGAACCAACGGAAAGACCAAGAAAAUAAAGAAGAAGGCAAGGAAUCCUCGUCCGGUGGCGACGGCAAGGAGUCAGAUGAGAAAGACGGCAAAUUUAGGCUGACAAAUGCCGGAAAGAUCCUUUUCAUCUCCGCCCCGUUGGUCCUCUACAUCAUCGACCGCGUCUUCUUUGGCGACGACUCGACGGCCGAGGUGAUGGAGUGGUACAAGUUUAUCGACCAAGUGCUGCCGGCCAGGGCUGUCCGUGAAAUAAUCCUCUUCCCGGAGAAGGAGCUGGCAUUUGUGCAUAUUUGGCCGGAUGCCAAGUCGUUGAACGGGGAACGGCUGAAGUCUGUGUAUCGGAUGACCGUCCCGUCGAACAGCCGGCUAGAAGCUGAGGUCCGCGCCAAGGAACAGCUCUCCAACCUGCCUCCAGAAAGCUGGACCCCCAUCAGAUACAAGCGCAUGGACGAAAUAAAUAUGAUGUUCGCCCUGGCUACAGUCGCCGUUAUCGGUGCCGUCUUCUAUUUCAUCAUCCGCGGCUUCCGGUUCAGCAUGGGCAAUAUGAUGAAAGACAUGGGCGGGAAUCAGAAGCUGAACAUCAUCGACCCGCAUUCGCCGGAGGGGAAGAAGGCGUUGAAGAUUAAAUUCAAGGACGUCGCCGGUUGCCACGAGGCCAAGGUUGAGAUCAAGGAAUUUGUGGACUAUUUGAAGAAUUCGAGCAGAUUUACGAGACUUGGAGCCAAACUUCCGAAAGGCGCCCUCCUCACCGGGCCGCCCGGAUGCGGAAAAACGCUGCUAGCAAAAGCUCUGGCCGCCGAGAGCACGGUGCCCUUCAUCUCGAUGAACGGCACCGAAUUCGUGGAAAUGAUUGGAGGUCUUGGAGCUUCCCGUAUCCGCUCACUCUUCAAAUCGGCCAAAGAACGGGCCCCGUGUAUCAUCUAUAUCGACGAGAUCGACGCGAUCGGGAAGAAGAGGAGCGAGGCCGGGGGAGGAGGAAUGGGCGGCGGCUCAUCGGAAGAGGAACAGACGCUGAAUCAGCUGCUCGUCGAAAUGGAUGGUAUGGACUCGGCGAAGGGGGUGGUCGUUCUGGCUUCGACCAAUCGGGCGGACGUCUUGGACAAGGCUCUUCUCCGUCGCGGUCGCUUCGACCGUCACAUCUCCAUCGAUCUGCCUACAGUGGCCGAGCGGAAGGAGAUGUUCGAGCUUUACCUAAGGCAAAUCAAAACCGACUUCCCGCCGACGCAAUACUCCGAACGGCUUGCCCAAAUGACGCCUGGCUUUUCCGGAGCCGAUAUCCGAAAUGCCGUCAACGAGUCGGCGAUCAAGGCCGCGACCGACGGCCUGAAGAAAGUCACCGUCAAGCAGAUGGAAUACGCGAUGGACAAGAUUAUUGCGGGGCCAGCGAAACGGUCGCGAACUUUAGUGAAGGAAGAGCGUGACGUUGUCGCAUAUCAUGAAGCCGGGCAUGCGCUUGUUGGGUGGAUGCUGGAGCAUACGGAUGCUUUAUUGAAGGUGACCAUCAUCCCACGCACUUCCGCCGCCCUCGGAUUCGCCCAGUACUGCCCCAGGGACAAGAAGCUGUACACAAAAGAGGAGAUGUUCGAGCGUAUGUGCAUGAUGCUCGGUGGACGUGCGGCAGAAAUGGUGAAAUUCGGCCGGAUCACGACCGGAGCACAGAACGAUCUCGAGAAGGUGACCCACAGCGCCCUGUCGCAAGUGAAAAACUACGGCUUCUCGGCGGUGAUCGGGCCGCUCUCGUUCUCGGCCCAAGACGAACGGGCCGCCUCCUUCCAAAAUAAGCCGUACAGCAAGAAGCUGCAGGCGACGAUUGACCAGGAGGCCUCAAUGAUCGUCGGCGCGGCGUACAAGGCCACCGACAAGUUAAUCAAGGACAACGUUGACAAGCUGGAAUUGAUUGCUCAAAAUCUGCUCAAGCACGAGGUGCUCUCCUACGAGGACGUGAAACGGCUAAUUGGCCCGCCCCCGCAUGGUGAUAAACAGGUGAUCGACAUUGUGGAGAACGCGUUGCCAAAGGACGAGCCG